UAAUAACAUGGCAGGGUCUAUGCGUGAUGUGUUUUGAUAAAAAUUCAUUUCUCAUUUUAAUUCGCUGGAAUCAACUAGAAGACCAACGUGAGUGCUGAGCGUGAAUUGGGUGACAUUACGUUGUUUCCACGAAGAAGCAUCAUUUUCACAUGGCUAGCCACGGAAGCCAGAUCACGGUGUCAGAUGUCCCGACAGGCUGUGUUAAGCCUUGACAUGAACUCAGGUUUAUGUUUGUCGAGAUGUCUCCCUGAAAGCUUCAUGCAUCAGGGAGCUGAUGUCCAGUGAGGCGAGCGUGAAACAGGGUAGCACCCUGGUCGACAUCAACACCUCAACAAUCGAAGAGUUGGCGAGUGUGGAUGCCAUCGAUAGAGCAACCGCUGAGGCAAUUGUUGCCGCUCGGAAUUCUCAGGGUAGUUUUGGAGGGGUCAGCGACCUCCUGACAGUGCCCGGUGUCGACCAUGAGGCAUUGGCUCAGUUACGGCCACACCUGGUGUGUGCCACCACUCCGCACGACGAGGACCGGGCCGAGGGAAGGCGAUGCCGCAGUGAUCCCAGUUCCAGCCACGAAGAAUCGGCCCUGCUUCCUACAUCCCCCAUUCAAGGACUGCUGGAUGCAGCAGCUGCGGAGGACGAGGACUCCGAUGACGAAGAAGCGGAAGAUAUGGACUCGGACGGUGACUUUGACGAGGACAGCGCGCACGAGGAGUGUGGGGACGAGGUGACAGCGGUGGAUAUGUUAGGGCAUAUUAAACACAAGUCAGAAGGAGAGCCUGACCACCCGUUGCCUCCCACAAAGAAGGCACGCUGUCAUCAGGACGAUGGAGAUAUUUCCAUGGACAGCACCUCAACGGAGCCUCCCAUUUCCCCCCACUCCAUGUGCCACACUCCGCGCAGGCGCCAUUCCUCCAAGCCUCUGCCGCCUGCACAGCUUGGUGCCUGGAUAGAGACCUUCCAGACGUGGAACAACGUCGAGCGCCGUUACGCGAUUGAUCGGCUCAUCGAGGCCUGCGAACCGGAACAGGUGCGGCACAUGAUGAAUGUGAUAGAGCCUCAGUUUCAGCGAGACUUCAUUUCUUUGCUGCCAAAAGAGCUUGCCCUCUACGUGCUUUCCUUCCUGGAAGCGCGCGACCUUCUCCGGGCGGCCCAGACUUGCCACUACUGGCGCAUCCUGGCGGAGGACAACCUCCUCUGGAGGGAAAAGUGCCGGGAAGCCGGUAUUGAGGAUGUCAAGGAGGUGCUGGGUAGGAGAGUGGCAUCACCUCCGGUGCGCAACGGGAGCUGCGUGCUCGAGGGGCAAGUGGCCUCAGCACCCAUCCCAUGGAAGGCUGCCUUCAUGCGCCAUCACUAUAUUGAAAUGAACUGGAGGUGCAAGCCAAUCCGAGAGCCUAAGGUGCUGAAGGGCCAUGAUGAUCACGUUAUUACGUGUCUCCAGUUCUCGGGACAGCGCAUUGUCAGUGGAUCAGACGACAACACUCUCAAGGUGUGGUCUGCUAGCACGGGCCGGUGUCUUCGUACUCUAGUGGGCCACACGGGAGGUGUUUGGUCCUCGCAAAUGUCGGGGAGCCUAGUAGUGAGUGGGUCGACGGACCGCACGCUUAAAGUGUGGAACGCGGACACGGGGCACUGCGUGCACACACUCUACGGACACACCUCGACGGUGCGCUGCAUGCACCUGCACGCCAAUCGCGUGGUCAGCGGGUCCCGCGAUGCAACACUCCGAGUGUGGGACCUGGACAGUGGGACGUGCCUGCAUGUGCUGGUGGGCCACGUGGCUGCCGUACGGUGCGUGCAAUACAAUGGCCGCCUGGUGGUGAGCGGGGCGUACGACUACAUGGUGAAGGUGUGGGACCCCGAGCGGGAGGAGUGCCUGCACACCCUUCAGGGCCACACCAACCGCGUCUACUCGCUCCAGUUUGAUGGGGUGCAUGUGGUGUCCGGUUCGUUGGACACUUCGAUCCGUGUGUGGGAUGUCGAAACGGGUGCGUGCAAGCACCAGCUCAUGGGACACCAAAGCCUCACGUCUGGCAUGGAACUCAGGAAUAACAUCUUAGUGUCAGGCAAUGCGGACUCGACGGUGAAAGUGUGGGACAUUGUGACGGGACAGUGCCUCCAGACGCUAGCCGGCCCAAACAAGCACCAGAGUGCAGUGACGUGCCUCCAGUUCAAUUCUAAGUUUGUAGUGACCUCAUCGGACGACGGCACCGUGAAAUUGUGGGACUUGCGCACGGGCGAGUUUCUGCGCAACCUCGUCGCCCUGGAAUCCGGCGGCAGCGGCGGAGUUGUGUGGCGCAUCCGUGCCUCUCCGACGAAGCUGGUGUGUGCGGUCGGAUCGAGGAACGGCACGGAGGAAACGAAGCUACUAGUGCUGGACUUUGACGAGCCAAAGUCGUCCGAGGGUAAAGACCGAACCUAGUGUCUGCUGCGUGAAACAAACUGGCGCAUUUUUUUCUUCCAAUUUGCCACGUCUACCUCUGCAAGCGGAGGUGGUACUUCCUUUCCUCUCUCCCUUAGGAGAAUGGGCAUCGUGUUCAGCCGGGUGCAUGUUACAGAAAGAGAGACAAUGUCAAGAAUGCUCGGGCAUGCCUUUUUGGUUUUCAUGAAGUGCCAUGUGUGCACCCGGACGUGGGGGACGAGGUAACUGGGUUGUGGUGUCCAGCUUCUUGCGGUAAAGGAACCCGUGCGACUCGCUGCAGUAGCGCUCGCCGAAUAUUUGUGCAACGUGCCUGCUUUCAUUGCCGAACGUGAAGACGCUGUGGGAAUGCUUGGUGUUGCAUCUCAAGAGGGUUGGAAGGUAGUCUGAGGUUUCUACUGGUUUACUCAUUGCCGGGCCACGAAUAUUGUCGGGAGUGAACAACACACAGAACAAAGAGUCUUGAGGGAAGCGACUGAUGAGGUCAGAGUGGACACUCGGUGGAUGAGGCAGGCAUGUCCCUUUUUUUUUUAAUUCCUUUUUCUUUUUUUGAGAGAGAACUUGACUCAAAUCCAACCUUUCCCACCGAUCCCUUCGGGUACCUGUCAGCCACUUCAAUGUGAGCAUACCUUAUGUGUUGGCAGAUUUUCUUAAAAAUAGUUUUUUCGAGUCAGCACAGGUUUCUUUUUUUUUUUUUUUUUUUCAGUUUCCUCCAAGAAAAUGAACAGAAUUUUACCUUCUUUGAGACGGUUUUGCAUGUUGCACCCCUUUUUAAUUUUACUCUGACUGAAUUGCAGUCUACAGCACUGCCGCACUAAUUUAUUGGUCCUCCGAGCGUAGCUGGACUGUUUUGACGUCUCUUUACACUGACGGUGUUCAAGUGCAGUUCCGUCGCGGAGUGCUCAACGAGGGGUACACGAUUGCUGCCCACUACGGAAAACGUGAGGGUCGGAAAUGCCGAUUUGUUUUGAGGAAUUGAGGACGUGCCAUCUUUCGGGGGCUUUCUCGGCGGUGUAUUGUGAUGGAACGCGUGUGUCGAAUUGAGGUAACAAAAUUAAUUGGGGGCUGGAUCAUUUUGUACAUGGUGUUGUGGAAGGACUAAGUUUGUGUGACGUGCAGGGAUUGAAGUGGGUGUGGUUAACUGUGGCGUCGUAACCUUAGGUUCUUUGCUAACCAUUCUUUUCGUCGUUGUACAUAAUUGUAUAUUUGUAUUGUACUUUACAGAGAAAGAGAGUGAUUUGAGUUGUUGGUUGGUGCGAAACUGGAGUAAAGUAUGUCCCUGCUCUUUUUA